CUUCGCCCGACCCCCUCGCUCCCAUAUCUCGUCAACUCCAUGGUCACAUCUCCGAGACUCGACCAGCCAAAGUCUCUCCUUGUCAUUCUGGAUCUGAAUGGUGUUUUGGCCUUCCGCAAGAAGAGGACUAAAGGCUACCACCCUAGACCGAACCUCGAUCCUUUCCUCGACUACCUCUUCGCCAACCACCACGUUAUGAUCUGGUCAAGCGGAAUGCCCGAGAACGUUGAGCGCAUCAUGGAGAAGAUGUUGACCCCCGAGCAGCGCGAGAGAUUGGUUGCCAUCUGGUCGCGCGACAAACUUCGCAUACCUCCCAAUCUUUUCGCGGAGAAGGUCCAAGUCUACAAACAAUUGAGUUGGGUCUGGGAAGAUUCUACUUUACGGACAAACGCACCAUUGGGAGGUUGGAGUCAAAGAGAUACAGUACUGGUGGACGAUUCCAUCGACAAAGCUGCUGCUGAACCUCACAAUCUGAUCCAAGUGGACGAAUUCAUCAACAGCGCUGCUCAAAAGGAGAAUACAACCCUGCUAGAAGUCAUCGACUACCUGGAGCGUAUCCGCUGGCACGAGAAUGUCAGUGCGGAGAUGCGUGUUGUACCUUUUAUUGCACGCCAGGCUUGA